CUCUUUAACAGAACAAACAUUUUGAAAACAGGAUUGUUUUCAUUUCUUCAAUAUGACUCGGCCUUUCUGGCCCUUGUAUUUAAUUCUUUUUUCGAUUUUUCUUCCUUGUUACCUUGCAGUCCUCACAGAUGAAGCAGGUGUCUAUGAUUUUCGUAUUUCUCUUUUAGGACGUUUGAAGGAUAUCAAGCUUGACGAGGAAAAUGAUUCUUUUUUAGCAGUAAGUGAACGUGGAUUAUUAUCACGUAUCGAUGCUUCCAGUGGUGACAUUGUUUGGCGCCAAGCCAUUGACGAGCAAACAGAAUCAGUUGUUCACAAGACAAAAUCACAAUACGCUCUUACAAUUGGAAAAGAUGACUUGUUUGUGUGGAAUAAAAGGACUGGAGCACUGGAAACCAAGAUGGACAUUUCUGCUACUAAAGGUGGUAGUCUAUAUGAAAUAAAUGAAGGAUAUGUUUACCUUGUUCCUAAAUCAUCUAGUCUCACAAAAGUCUUAUUCCAAGAAAAUAAUGCUACACUAAGUGAGGUUUCUUUUGAUUUUCCUAUCUUGGAGAUACUCACAGUUUCAGAGAAGAAUUAUGUCUUGACCAAAGACCAGUCUAAUCACAAAUUGGUACAGUUAAACGGAAAUUGGCAGCCUGUAGAAGAGCAAAUCCUUCCUGUCCCUGCUAAUUCGGAAAUUUUGGGCGCAAGAAGCGAGCUUCUAUUGUUUAGUUAUCAGAACUCCGUGCAUGCUAUUCAUCUUUCCCAUCCUCAGCGGUCACACUUAUUGUUUACAGACGUUCAUUUAAUAAGCUGGACGCGGAUUCCAACAGAAGCUUUUGGAUACUCAAUUACCAUCGAUUUGGAUUGGUCGCUUGUUACAUGUGUUUACACGUUCCAGGAGGAAGAAUUUGUCUUGGUUGAUGAAUUUUUGCAUGGAACGGAUACUUCAGUAUCCCAUGGCUUCCAUGCACAUGAAAACCGUUUCCUGCGUACAACGGCUUCUUCCCAAGCAAUAAAUUUUGACUCCCAACGAAUUCUGAAAAUCGAGAAUUCAUUUACUCGCUCAAUAUACUUAUUUAAAUUACUUCAAUCUCAAACAAAAAAUUAUAUUAUUGUUGUAUUAGAGGAUGGGACGAUCUUUUGCUAUUCUGACCAGGCCCUUUUAUGGAAACGUGAGGAAGCACUAGCUUAUGCAGCCGACGCUAUAUCCUUGCCUGUCAUCCCUGAGUCCUCUGACUCUCUUCCAGUGGCUAGUCAAGAAAGGGAGAGUAUGAUACCUUUUUUACACUAUUUGAGAGACUUUAAGCAACUGUUCAAAAUUCGUCACCUGUUUCCUCGACAUCGUUCUUUGGAUGCUGCUUUCGUGACAAACUUCAUAAUACCCACGUAUACUGGCAGUCUGUACUGCAUUUCCUCUGAUGUAAAUAAGAAGGAUCGUAUUGUGUGGAAAAAAGAUUUCUCUCGAGAUGUUAAAGACGUAAAAUCUUGGUUACUUAAGCCUGCAUUCAAACAUCAGGAACCAUCAGUAGUAGCAUUCGUUCAUAUUUUUGAUGAUGGCUAUACUUUUAGAAUUAUAAAGUCCAACGAUGGAUCGAUUAUAUAUGAGAAAUCAGAGACUCAAAUCCCGCAUGAUUUUUACUUCCUUGACAAUACAAAGGACCAUUAUAAUAAUUUAAUUUUUGCUUUGCACCAAGAUACCGUUUCUCCUUUAGGAGACGAGGUUUCGUUUGACCAUUUCCUUCGAACUAGGCCUUCUGUUAUUUUUACCAAAGUUAAGGAUAACAUCUUGCAAGGAUUCCGCAUCCUUGAGGAUCAUACAAUUAUUACAGAAUGGGAGUUACCUUUUAAAAACGAUGAAGCCUUAAUUAAUACAGUUCAACGAAAUCCGCAUGAAACUAUCGCUUCCCUUGGGCGUGUCCUGGCAGAUCGUAAAGUUAUGUAUAAAUAUCUAAACCCAAACGUGAUGGCAGUCUUGACACGCCGACCUAACGUACUAACCGUCUAUAUCAUUGAUACAUUCAGUGGAACUAUUCUUCAUCGUAACGAACAUUCCGAUGUUGUAAAUUUCGAAAAUGUAAACGCUGUACUUUCCGAGAACUGGCUUGUAUACUCCUACUGGAAUGCGGUUCCUACUAUUUCCACUAAAAUCGUUUCAGUGGAGCUCUUUGAGGGAGAUAAGCCCAAUGUUAAAUAUAACUUUGACGUUGUUGAGAGUGGAAAUAAUAACUAUCUUCCUUCUGCUUUUACGAAGUCUUUCAAUUUUGAUCGUCUGAUAAAUGCAAUGGCUGUGACAACAACAAAUCAAGGUAUAACGUCCAGAGAUAUUUUGGUGUCUUUAUCAUCGAAUCAAUUGGGAAUGAUUCCUCAGAGUUUCUUAUCUCCAUUGAGACCGGUUCAUAAGCAUAACGAAAAGCCUGAACCAUCUUCGUUCAUACCAUAUGAACCGGUAUUGCCAGUUUUUGACAAUCAGAUUCUUUCAUAUGACCAACGACUGUAUGGUAUUAAAAAAAUGAUCUCCGAGCCUUCUACUUUUGAAAGCACUACUCUCGUUAUGGCUGUGGGAUUAGACAUAUUUCUUACGAGAACAGCACCCAGCAUGCCGUUCGAUAUGCUCAGUUCGUACUUUGAUAAAAAGCAAUUAACGUUAACAACUCUCGGAAUUUUGCUUACAGUUCUUAUAACCAAACCUAUGGUUAAGAGAAAGCAGUUAAAUGCAAAAUGGUAUAGCUAAAGUUUGAAAGCUCUAAUCAUGACAUAUACACAAAGUUUACUAGAUUUUUAUUUCAUUGAAUAAAGCUUUAUAAUAAAGCCGUAUAAUACAACUUCGAUUAUCGUGUAACCCAACAUAAUGUUAUUGAACUGUCUAAAUCCAAAAUCCAACCAAAAAAAUUAUAUCAAUACAGACGGCC